AUGGCGCUCUCCCCUCGUCACCAGCUCCUUGCGGCGGGGACUGCUGCCCGCCCGCACGCCGGGUGGGAUGGAGGGAACUCGCGGAUUGACAUCCUCAGCCUAUGGGACGAUGAGCCAGAGAGCGGCCGCCAGUUGGAGGUCGUCGCCACCAUCCCGGCUCCCAGCAACCGCGCCUUCCACAGGCUGGCGUGGUCGGCGAGCGACGCCAGCAACUCGGCAUACCCGUAUGGCCUCCUCGCUGGCGCCCUUGACGACGGCGUCGUCUACGUUUGGGACCCGGAGGAAGCUGCUUCAGAAAGGCAGUCGGAGUUUAACAAUCUUCUUAAGGACGACUUCAUAGAACACUCUCUAAAAGGAUUUAAUCUAGAAUCCAAGGUUAACCGUGAUGAUGUUGAGGACUGGGUUGUUCUAGACAAGCCCAACAGAACUGACAACAGUGGGUUGGUGCUAAAGCUAAAUGAUAUCAGUGGAAAAGUUUUUGCCAUAUCAUUUAGUAACAAUCAACAUAAAAAUGUCCUUGCCUAUGGUGGAGAUAGUGAGAAGUUAAAGCUUUACCAGCUUGAUCAUCCUAUCAAAUCUUAUGAAUUGGCUGAUGUUGGGUCAAGUUCUCGAACUACUUUCGUAGAUUGGCACCCUCAGUAUCCUGUAGCAAUUGCAAGCACAUGCGAUGCUGCAACAGCAAAGAUUUGGGAUUUGAGAGUAAAGAAACCAACACACAGCAUUAACCAAAAGAACAAGCAUUGCACUGAGAUUCACUGGAAUGCAAACCACCCUGUGGAGUUUGUCGUCGGAUCAGUAGGUGAUGAUACCACAGUCAAGAUAUGGGAUUUACGCAGCACUUAUCGUACAUUAUCUGCUUUUGGACCUGAAAAAGGAGUGGUCUCGCUUUCCUGGUGUCGUAAUCCAAAUUUGAUCAUUACCACCGCUGUGGAUGGAGGGGUUGACUGCUGGAAACUGAAUGUGAUUGAGGGCUCAGAACCAUCUCGGACGGUAUACUUGCCCCCUGAACGUAGAUAUUUGCCUUUGGGUGAGAAGCAAGAGACAGCCUGGUUCGAUGACAAUGUGAUCGUGGCAUCUUCUGCCCUCAACAUUGGACUGUACAAGCUGAAGUCCCCGUGGUGA